UUGACAUUGUUGGAUGUCUGAGACAACACAUUGACUUUUGGCUGAGAACAGGCAGCAAGAUGGAUUUUUGCCAAUAUUUGAUUGUGUAUUACUUCCUGGCGUUCACCUUUUUCAAAGUGGCAGUAUGCUCUGAGGUGUCCAUUAUUGGAGGCAAAGAUGUAAAAAAACCUCUACCCUGGAUGGUGUCCAUUCAGAAGGAUGAAGCCCAUGUGUGUGGAGGAAUCCUGAUUCACAACCAGUGGGUUUUAACUGCAGCAUUUUGUAAAAUAACACCCACUUCAUCUGUGACAGUUCUCAUAGGAUCUCUGUCUCUGAGUAAAGUGAGUAAAGGCGCUCAGCGUGUUGGCAUCCACAGUUAUAAGUACCCUAAAACAUUCAAUGCGGAGACUAAACAAGAUGACAUCAUGCUCAUUAAGCUAAACAAAAAAGUGAAAGGAAAACCCCAAAAAAUCCCUAAAAAGGAAAAAGAUGUUCCACUUGGAACAAAUUGUGUUGUGACAGGUUGGGGAACUACUAAUGUGAAAGACUCAAAACCUUCUGAUAAACUGCAAAUGUUAGAGGUGAUGGUGAUGCUCCGGAAGCGGUGCAACCUCUACUACAAUGGACAUCCUGUGAUCACCGAAGACAUGCUGUGUGCAGGAGGCAAGCAAGAAAAGACAGGCACCUGUUGGGGGGAUUCCGGUGGACCUCUGGAAUGUAAGAAAAACGUAGUUGGAGUAGUAUCAGGGACAAAAGAAUGUGGUAAUCCCAAAAAACCAACUGUGUUCACUUUUCUCUCCCAAAAACACAUCAACUGGAUCAAUACCAUACUAAAAAAAAAGCAAUUCAACGGCACAACCUUUUAAGAAGCUAAACAUUUCAAGCAUGCAUACUGUUAGUUUAGAUUGCUGUAACAAAAAAAUAUAUAUAUGUUUUUGGAAUUAACAUUAAAUAUAUAUUCACAAAGCAAUACUGGAUUAUUUUUCAAACAUUUUUUAACAAGUAAAAUUGUGUAAAUGUAUCUGAUAUUGCAUUCAUACAAAUUCA